UUCGAUGGUAGAAGGGGAAGAGGGAGGAGGGGGAGGUGCAGCAGAAGAUGCUUCCUAUAGUUCGAUUGUAGAAGGGGGAGGAGGGGGAGCGACAGAGCAGGCAGUAGGAACGGGCGGACUUACAGGUUUCAUUCAGAAUGCAUUCAGUAGUAUCCUUAAUUCUGCACUUCAAAGUAAUUCAGAUGGAGGUUCAACUCUUCGAUCUAGUCAAUCCUUCUCCGGGUCCCCUUCAACCACAAGCACCACCACCUCGGGUUCAGAGAGUAGGCCAGGUUUGAGCUCCGGGACGGGUCGAUCAACUACAGCUACCGGAGUAUCGGACAGUGAGAGUUCGGAGGACGGAACUCCCUCGAGUCGAAGACAAAGACUUGAUUCCGAUCUUAUAGAUUUCGACUUGGAAUAGUUUCGCAAUAUAUUGUAUAUUAAUCAAACUUAUAAAAUUAAAUGGAUAAAUGACUGAUAUAUGAAGGCCUCUUUUGUCAUCAAAUAAUCAACAAUUAAUACUUGCUGACCUUAUAGUUGAUAGUUCUAAUAUUUGUUUUUGAAUUAUUCACUUGAUUUGAUUCGCUUACUCAUAAUUUCAAAAUUAUAUUUUCUUAUUUUCUGUUCCGAAUAGUAAUUAACAAACUUACCGAGUUAUAUAUUGAUUCAUUCAUUCCCACACCCAUUUCUCUAGUCUUUAAAGACCAGCAAAGAACUUCCCACGCCCCUUUGUCCGCCUUACCCCUAUGCGAAUCUUUCGCCGUCGUAUUCGUCCGCCUUUCAUCCCGCUUAUCUGCCGUCGUUUAACUUCUUCGCCUUAUCCCUUCGCCAAUCCUCUGCCGCCAUACUCAUCAGACUUCUUCCUCCGCUAAUCCUCUGCCGCCGUACUCAUCAGCCUUUCCUUCUGACAUUCCUCUGUCGCCAUACUCGUUAGCCUCAUCACCUCCGCUAUUCCUCUGCCGCCGUACUCGUUAGCGCCAUUCCUCUGCCGCCAUACUCUUCAGCCUCGUCCCCUCCGCCAUUCCUCUGCUGCAAUAUUCGUCCGUCUUUUCUUCCCAUUAAUCCCACAAUCCGUCUGACCUUACCGCCUUCCACACACCCAGUCGUCCGCCUUUCCUCCUAGCCAAUGCCAUAGUCUGCCUUCCCUUCCCACCAACCUAAUUGUCCAAUGUCUACCUCCUCAAGCUUUGUAAAUUAAAAUUGUAUUUAUCGUAUAUCUGUGUCAAGGCUUUCUCUGUCUCAUCUUUUUUUCACAUGCAUGAUGCAAUGAUGAUUUUAUUAUUGUUCUAAAAACAAAACUUUUUGGAUUUAGUCUUUGCUGUUUAAAACCUGUGUUUGGAACUUGAUAAAUUGAAAGCGUAUUUUGCUAAAGAAGAUGGACAGACGAAGCAAAUCUCUUAAACAGAUAGAAAUAUGUGAUAAAUAUUUUUUUUGUAUUUUUAGAUAAAAUGUCAUUUAGAAACAUUCUCCCUUUAAUUCGGAAACCUUCUAGAAACUUUCCUAUUUCUCAUUUUCUGCAGAACCAGUUGAUUAAAACUAAUAUCAACCAUUUAAAACUUAGACUUCCGGUUUCUAAAAAUACUUUUUGCACUUCUCGCUCACUUCUCGCUGCUGACGAUGAGGCUGAGGAGGAGAUUAAAGAGGAGGAGGAGCAGGAUGAAGAUGGAUCUGUGCACGGAGACAAUGUCGGAGAUUUUGUUGAAAAGUAUUAUGAUCAGAAAGAUAGAUCUCGUAAUAUCCCGGUUGAGCUCUCGAUGAAGUAUUUAGAAAGUGUUGCAUAUAGGGCUACUUAUGGUGAUGAACCAGUCUGGACUCACUAUAGAAGAAAUAUGAAGGGAGGAAACCUUUUUAUCCCAAAGACCCGAGAAUCCUGUAUCAGAGACAAAAAGAUUGCCAAUGCUAGUCCUUGCCCUAUCUGUCGGGAUGAAUAUCUUGUCGUGGAUUACAGGAAUAUUGGAUUAUUGCAACAGUUUAUCGAUCCAUACUCAGGUGCUCUCAUCGAUCCAUACAAGACGGGAGUGUGUCAGUUUCAAUGGCGACGUCUGCAGAUCCAUAUUGAGAAGGCCUUGGAGCACGGUUUACUAAGCGUGGAUGCCCCGUUGUUAUAUUACGACGAGGAAAUUUACAGGAAAUAAUUUCAGA